AUGACUUCCCAGCGGUCGCAAGGGGCGUCCAGUCCAUCAGCAUCAUCCAUCUUCCUCCCGCUUGGACGUCGAGGUUCACGGUCAUCAUUGUCGACCCAGGCUGAACGAGAAGGUCUAAACGCCGCUCUUGAUCAAAUCCACACGGCCGCUUAUCAGUCCGAUUCCCUCACUGUGUUCAACGAUUUCACAAGCCCCCCGGCGCCGACCUCCGUAACGGAAGAUAAGAGCCUGUCGAAUGAGAUCCAAGGAGGUCUGAGUGGACUGUACAGUCGUUUGAGGACGUCUGUUGGAGGGGUCAGAGAUAUCGUGAGAGUGGGGAGAUCGUCGGAGAGAGGCCAUGCGGAGGAUCAUAAAGUGAAGAGUCCUCCGAGAGAGCUCUCGCUUUCACGAUCAGCCCACGGUCCAGUAACCUCUGCCGCAGAUGGACAAGAGUUUCCACCUACGCCCAUCCCGGAUUCUGGAUUACAAUCACCAGUUCCUGCACACCAGCAGCCUUACGAUGCCUCUCACCUGGCCGGUACUGGGAAGGGCUCCAAGGUCUCGUCGAAAACAGCAAGCAUCUCUUCCAAAGCUUCCAUUUCUGCGCCGACAGCGAUAAAAUCCCCAGUUCCGCCGUUGCAAAAAGCCACCGCGAGCUCAACCGCUGUUGAUCCCACAGUCACGGAAGUUAAUGUCAACGCGGUAAAGGACUUUCCCGUAAACGCGAGCAAUAACUCGGGCAAUCUCUCUUCUCACAGCUUCCACGCCAAUGAAUCCGCAAGUAUCGACAGAGAUGAGGCAUCUCAGAACACGUCUAUGAGUGCUUCAGGGUGGAACCAGCGACUAACACAGUCCCCUCUAUUACAACCGAAAUCUCAAAAUCCCUCGACCGAGGGACUGGGCUCCGGAGAAGCUGGUCGCGCUGCCACCAUGAGCCCUCAAGUCACCGGCAGGUCGGACAGCUUAGUCUCUCAUGGAACAGAUAUCUCUAUACCUGCCACGUCGAGGAAGUCCAAACCCUCCAUUGAUGGUUCCCAGGAUAGUGGCUCUUUUAUGCAGGAGCGGAGAAGGUCAAACUCAACGGCUUCGUUCAACCCAGACAGAUCUAAUCCCGCCGCUUAUUCCGAGUCCAACAGUGUGUCCCAGUCACAAGCUAAUGGCGAUAAUACGUUCACAGAUGGACAAACUCCCUCAACAGGUGCCACAUCCCUCUACUUAACAGAUGGUGACUCCCGUUCAAGAGAAUCAUCAAAACCUUCUCUGAAAGAAAAGGCUCGUGGGAGACGAGACCCUCCUGGGCUCCUCCCCCUUCCACGAUCAUUGACGCCGUCCGAAUCCACAGUGAGCUCGCCUCUCUGGACGCCUGUGAACGUGGAGGCCAGUGACCGUGGCCUGGUUCAGCAUGAUCGAGGCUGGCAUCCACCUAAAAAUGAUGGCAAUAUGCCUCAUCUAGGGAACAAAUUGCUCAGUAGGGAGUUCUGGAUGCGCGAUGAGAAUUCGAAAGAUUGUUUUCACUGCGGCGAACCUUUCUCAACCUUCCGGCGGAAGCAUCACUGCCGUACAUGCGGCCAAAUAUUCGACUCUAAAUGUACGCUCUUGAUUCCAGGAGAGCGCUUCGGUCAGCCCGGUACGAUAAGGGUUUGCAAACCAUGUGAAGCGAUGAUCAAUGGGCAUGAUGACGACUCAUCUGAAUUUUCGGAUGGCGACCAGAGCCCAGCAGUCAACCCACGACUUUCCGAAUUAGGAUCGCCUGCUAUCGACGACGACGACGCCUCUUCGGUGAUCUCUCAAUCAAUCGAGCACGCUCUGAAGACACCGACUAUGGCAAUUCCCGCGACGAGACGUGCUGGAGAAGGACAUAAUCGUCGUUCAGCUGUCCUGGAGAUUAGUCCCGAUCGCCCUCUGGCAAGACCUACUUCAUCAAGGUCACUAAAGUCGUCUCUUAGCGGGAGGACGCAUUCGAUUGGCCAUAAGCGCCACCACUCGCGUCAACAAUUCGUCCGCAAUUUCAAGCCUUAUCAUGAUGAUCGAGCCCCCUUCCAGCGCCGCAAUAUGGAAGAUGCGACGUCUGCGUCUCGGCUCUCUGCGUUCCAUAAGGACAACAUCAUUGACCCGGACCUUGCACAGUAUCUCUCUGAUGACGCUUCUAGCGGGGAUGAACAGCCCAACAUAUUGUCUGCUGCUUCGGAGACUCCAUUAUCCAAGAGUAGCGCGGACAAUGAAAGGACGACAUUCGGCGGGUUUGGAAUUCUUGCUGCUAUGAAAAAAGGCCGAUCAGCCUUCGGAAGUGUUGGGAGCAACAACAAUCACUAUAGCCGCGACUUUGACGAAGGCAGUGUCAGCAGCUCUAGGGCGCUAAAUCUGCCUCGUCCUCGUCGAAGAAAUCUCAGUGUUGCUAGCAGCAUCCAGCGCAACUCUCCCAGAGCCUCGAAGGAUAGUGUUCUCGCGUUGCAUGACCAGUCAAACGCUAACCAUAUCCUUCCUGCCGUCGUUACUCCAAGUGGAUUCAAAAUGACGAGAAGUUCCUCCAUGAGAGGAGCCGGGGCCCCGCCGGUGGAAUUAAAUAAAGCGAGUUUGCAACAUGUCCGCCAGCUCCUCCGGCAACUUCUGAAGGAUGCCGCAGUGCCACAUGCUAAUAGCUGGGAAACCGCACUUCUUCCUAUUCUGCUAAAAGCCGCCGACGAAGUUGAUCCCGACGUCCACCAUGGGGAUGAUAUGGAUAUUCGUCACUACAUCAAGUUGAAGAAGAUUCCGGGUGGGCGACCUGGGGACACUUCCUAUGUUUCGGGCUUAGUUUUUACGAAGAACCUGGCACUGAAGAGCAUGCCACGAAGUAUUCCGCAGCCGAGGAUUCUGAUCAUCACUUUCCCUCUUGAAUAUGCCCGUCAUCAACAACAUUUUAUGAGCCUGGAACCUCUCAUCCGCCAAGAGCGUGAGUUUCUCGAAAAUUUAGUUAGCCGGAUCGCGGCAUUAAAGCCCAACCUGCUUUUAGUCGAAAAGAAUGUUUCCGGUCUGGCUCUUGAACUGUUAGAGAAAGCCAACAUUGCGACAGCCCUGAACGUUAAGUCAUCCGUGCUUGAAGCCGUCUCCCGUUGUACCCAAACAAAAAUAAUCACGUCAAUGGACAAACUCGUGACAACUCCUGUUACCAGCGAGUGUGGCAGCUUUGACGUGAAGACUUACGUGGCUAAUGGUCGAAAGAAGACCUACAUGUACCUGUCGGGAUGUCGCAAAGAGUUGGGGUGUACAAUCGUCUUGCGCGGCAGCGACAAUGAGGUCCUCUCGAAGGUGAAACGGAUCACUGAAUUUAUGGCCUACGUUGUUUACAAUCUUCGACUGGAGACUUGCUUGAUGAGGGAUGAAUUCGCCAAGAUACCGACGGCGCCGAACACUGACGCCGAACCGAAACAUGCAAUUAUGGCACGCCAGAGCACUAUGCCAACGGCAAACCCUGGUGAUAAUACUGCACCGGAUUCUACGCAGGACUCUGACGAAAAGAAAGGCAGUGGCGUUGCAACCUCGAAACCGUCCGUCACCAGCGAGGUUACCGAAGUCCCUGACGAUGUGCCCAUGCCGACCUACUAUCAGGAUAUCGUCCAGGACCAUGAAACUAAGAUCCUGUCGGCAUCCCCAUUUGUGAAAUUCGAGCCUCCAUAUCUGCUCACGCGGGCUAGGGAAAUGGAAAGAAGACUGGAAUAUCUAAAGCGUCUGCGGGACCAGGAUGUUAACGGAGCUGAAUUGUCUGAUGAGAAGGCCAAACCUCAGAAGUUCGUUCUAAUCACCUCCGAAAUGGUCCACGAGUCACCUCAAAAUGCACCCCCCAAGGUCAAGGAGAUUCUGCAUGCAGCGCACGAUGCUGAGUAUGACCGGGCGUUGCACCACUAUCAAACACAGAAGCGACAGUGGGAGGCUUACAUCUCCGGAACCAUGGAUAUGUUCGAUCCUUAUGCGCACCAGAAUAUCGUCGUUCUGUUUAGCUUGGUCUGCACUGCCUCAUCCAUCCCGUGUGCUGGGCCUGAUCUUAUUGCACUUGAAUACUACAACGAACACGAAGGUGAUAGCAUAUUCGAUGCUGAUUGUACGCUGGGUCAGUUUGUCGAGGACAUCUGCCUCAAUGCCAAUGCUGUUUGCAAUGUAAACGGCUGUGAGAAGAGGAUGUUCGAGCAUCAUCGCCAAUUCGUCCAUGGAGAGGCUCAGAUAAGCGUAUUCUCCCAGCCACAUGCUGCGAAGCUUCCCGGUCUUCAAGAUAUCAUCCUGAUGUGGAGCGUUUGUAAGAUAUGUGGCAACGAAACGCAGGUAUUCCCGAUGUCUGACAACACGUGGAAAUACUCAUUUGGGAAGUAUCUGGAGCUUUCUUUCUGGGGGAGAAACCUACACGCCCGAGCAGGGGUCUGCCCGCACGACCUUCAGCGUGACCAUAUUCGCUAUUUUGGCUUCAAAGACGUCGCGGUUCGAAUUCGCUACGAUCCGAUCAAUUUGUUGGAAAUUAUUGUUCCUAGACCGCAGGUCACGUGGAAAGUCGAUAACGACCUGGUGUUGAAAAAUGAGGUGUACCUCAAAAUGGAGCAGCGCAUUAACAAGUUUAUGCAUUCUGUCAAACAGCGGCUGAAGGGAAUCAACGUGGAUAGCGUCAUUCCGAAAUUGGCUGACGACUGCAACAAGGAAAUUGAAUCUUUGACAAGGAAGGCCAACGAAGACCAUUCCUCCCUCGUGAAGCAAUUGCAGGAUAAGUACAUGGAUUCGCGAUAUUGGGAAGUGAUCCCUAUGAACGAAGUGCUUCGCUCCGUGCAGGAGAAGGUUGUGGAAUGGGAUACGGCCUUUGCGGAAUUCGAGAAGAACUUCUUCCCAUCCGAAAAGGACAUUAGAAGGCUGGCUACUCUACAGCUGAAGAAGAUUUUCUUGGACAAGGACGCCUCAGUCACUUCGGAUGAAAUUACCACAACCCCAACUGAAGCCGAGAGCGAGAGUUCAGAAGAGCCUCAACGAUUGCGGCCAAUGCGUCGCAUGACACUCUCUCCAGAAAAGGCUCAGGAUGUACUAGUAUCCGUUGUCGAGGAACAUGCUCGGAAGAACAAAUCCCAAGACGAAAAGCCUUCGCAGACUGAAGAGACGGACUCCACGGCGCCCUCGCCAUCUCCGGAAGACAAAGCGCAUUUACCUCCUCAAGUGGACCCAGAAGGUACCAGGGAGAAAGAGAUCCAGCAUCUUGACUUGGCUUUAUCUUCAAGGUGUCCGGAUCAAUCGACCGUGGAAGCAACUCUGCGGGAUUCCGCAGAACGAGCAGACUCGGAGCCGGCCCGUUUGGGUGCCAAGGUAAAUCCUACCACUGGAAAAGAACAAGAGCAGCAUGGGCAAAACGGGGGCAAUGAGUCGCCCGAGCAACCCGUGGAGGUCCCGACCACACCUACUCACCUACGUUCGGCCAUACCAAGACCAGCUGAAAAUCCUGCUCGACGCAACGGAAAGGCAACUUCUCCACCCCUGGUUCGAGCGCAGUCCCAGCCUGCACACUUGCAGAAGGCAGUCUACAAUGAGAGUUCUAUUUUCAAACCACUCAAGAUUGGAACUGGGAAAUCCAGCGGCUCCGACGGGGCAUCUAGGCUCUCUGACAAGAAGCUCGCUGAUCGGCUUGGUCUUAGCGCUCUUCGGAACUCGAAAUUGACACAAGGGCCAUCUUUGAUACCGCGAUCAAUUCCAAACAAAAAACCUACUCGGGUGUCUUAUCUCGCGAAACAUUUUGAACAGCUGAGUCGCGAGUUUGAGAAGGAGCGCCAACGCGAAAGAGCACAGCGCGCCGCAAAGGGUACUCAUUCACGUGCAUACCCCCUUGCAAGCUCGAAGCCUAUUGUGGAGGUGUACAAAAACGUCCGAGAAGCAGUCGAAGAGAGGGAGCCCUCGGGAGAUGGCGAGGACUCUAUGCAUUCGCUGGUCCCGGUGGAUGACUCCAGUAGGGGUAGCGACGAAUUCACCAAAAGGCCUCACGAAGGGGAGCCAGGAGCUGAGCCGCCCACGGAAAAGCCUGCUGCUACUGAGGCUGAGAAGGAAGCUACCGGUAGAGCUGAGGACCAGACUUCUUCAGACGGCGAAGGCGAAGACGGGCGCAGCGAGGGAGACAGGGCUUCGACAGAGCUUCAACGGACAGAAUCGGGCGAUGAGAUACCCAGAAUUUCACCUGACGAGGAGCAGAUGGAUCUUAAAGAGCUACCGAAGCAUGAACGAAGCACGCUUUUGAAGUUGCUGACGAACUUCUGGUCCGAGCGUUCUGCCAGUGGAUGGACGCCCCUCGACUACCCACUUGCGAUGUCAGAUCACGUCUUUGCAGACUGUGACAUUGUUGUCCGCGAGGAUGAGCCGAGCUCUCUCAUCGCAUUUGCGCUGGAUUCGCAAGAUUACAAGGAGAAGUUGGCAAGUAUACAGAGACGGUAUGAAGAGCAAGACAAAGAAUUGGAUCCGCAAGGCGAUCCACGGGUUUUUAACGAAGCCCGAAUCGAACAUGCCCUUUUGAGAUCUACUGGCACGCAUCUGAAAUAUCAGUUCCAGGAGGGCCAGGCGAAGAUGCUUUGUAAGGUGUUCUAUGCUGAGCAGUUUGAUGCCUUGCGAAAGAAGUGUGGAGUGUCCGAACGGAUUGUUGAGUCACUGUCUCGCUGUGCUAAAUGGGACUCCAAAGGAGGCAAGACAAAGUCCUUGUUCCUGAAGACACUUGAUGAUCGCUUCAUUCUCAAGUCCCUGGCGCCUAUCGAAACGCAGGCAUUCCUCAAAUUUGCUCCAGCCUAUUUCCAGAUCAUGUCCGAAGCAUUAUUCCACGAGCUCCCGUCCGCCAUCGCCAAAAUGUUCGGUUUCUACCAGGUGAUUAUCAAGAAUCCUGCAACCGGGGCGGAGUUCAAUUGGUACUUGCUUUUGAUGGAGAAUCUGUUCUAUGAUCGAGAGCCGACCCGAAUCUUCGACCUCAAGGGAUCCAUGAGAAAUCGCAAAGUGCAGAGCACCGGUGAACGCGAUGAGGUGCUUCUGGACGAGAACAUGGUGGACUUCAUCUAUGAGACGCCGCUGCCGGCAGAAUGUUAUGGAUUACUCCCUCAUGAUCGCCAUUGA